AUGCCACCUGAGCGACCGAACCGUAAACGCAUUCCUCCGAGACCGCCUCAAUCACCUUUCCAAGUGAACCCACAAGCUUCAACAUCUCAAGUAGCUGCAUCGCCAAGAGACGCUUCAAUGCUUCAAAGAAAAAAACGAAACACGUUACCUGAGCAGCCUUCAGGUCAAAAAACAAGGCCCUCAGUGUUUGACCGUUUGGGAACGAAAAAUACAGGAAAUUCUCCUGCCGAAAGACAAUUAGGAACGAAAAAAGAAAAAGUAGAGCAUGUUUUUAGUGGCGAGGCAAGAAAACCAGUUCGUCGCAUAUCAGAGGAUACUCGAAUUUCUCGUCCAGUCGAGCGGGAAGAGCGUACUCUAGAUAUAGAUCGCAAACCCACUGCUGUCAAAACCAAAGAGCCACAAGAAAAAAGCCAAACGGACAAUAAAUCUGAAGACAAGAGUGUCUCUAAAGAAUCUCCAAAUUUACAAAAGCAUGAAGAUGUUCCAAAAGAAGUCCCCCAGGAACCACUAAUCGAGUCCAUGGAUAAUAAUGACAAUGCCACCAGUGAAAUUCCAAACGAUAGCUUAAGCGAUCGAGGUAAAAAAACAAAUAAAUCUGUCCUACCGUCUUCAAAUGACAAUCCAUCUUCGGAAUCUAAUAGACAUCAUGAAAAAGAGCAGAUUGAAAUUAAAGAUAACAUAGAAAAGAAAGCUAAAUCGUCCAGUAGUCGCAGUGAACCAUCAUCUGAUGAAGGUCGUAAUAUAGACCGAGAACGACAUAAUGAUAAUGAACGGACGAUCCGUCUAAAUUCAGGUUCAUCUGGAUAUCAAUCUGCUAUCGAAGAUCGUAGAGCACAACGUGAACGAGAAAGAGAGGAGAGAUACAAUCGAGCCAUGGCCACAGAGAGACCUCCUCCUUUCCCUUUUGAAAGAAACACCGAACGUGAUAGAGAAUGGCGUGAACGAGGACGCCCAACAAGAUAUAAUAAUAAAAAUUUCUUAGAAAACAAAACAUAUUUUGACACUCAACGUAAAAACGAACGUGAUAAAAUUCCACGCAAUAGAGAGCGCAUCGAAAUGGACAAAGGGAAUUCAGGCUCGGAAAGUUUGUCUUCAAACACAGUUCGCGCCGGAGAGGCAAGCAGAUCUUCUAGUGUAUCGGCAAGGGAACGUUCUAUAAUUCCUAAUGAUCAAAAUCAGGAGAAAACGCAAAAAGAGAGUCCAUUAAAGGAUCGAGAAAAAGACAAUAAACAACGUGAAUUAAAUGUCAAAGAGGCAAGACAUCGCGAAGAUCUAAUAAGAGACAGAGAAAGAGAUGCGAGAUCACGCGAAGAAACUUUAAGAGAGAGAGACAGGGGAAUGAAAAUGCGCGAUGAGGGACAUACGCGUACUACUGGAGUUCCUGACCUUUAUCGGCCCUCGACAGAUCUUCAUCUUAGAGAUCCUGAACGCCGUCCAAUACGUGAUUUCGAAAGAGAAUUUCGCGAUCGGGAUCUUCGCAAUGAUAUAAUAGCUUCUGAUAGAUAUCAUGCUGAAUAUGGGAGAGAAAGAGAACAAAUUCGAGAUUUUUUACCCGAAAAUUUUUCUGAUCGUCACCUGAGACCAAACGAACAGCGGCCUUCCUGGGAUCUGGAUCGUGACAUUAGAGAUAGUGACUUUCGCGGCCCUCCGAUAUUUUCUGAUAAAGAUUUCACAGAUCACAGAAGAGAAAAGGCAAAUGAUGCUCGUCGUCUAAGUCCAAGCGCCACUAGUGAAAAAAUAAUUUCGCAUAGGCAACCUUCAGACCGCUACCCAAGAGAUUCUGAAAAACCACCCAUGCGUGAAGAUUCAAGCUCUAAAGUUGGAAAAUCAGAAUCUAAUAGUCGGGAAGUUAUUGACAUAGAUAAGAAUACACGAUCAAAAGAUGAAAGCGAUCGUGAUGCACAAAAUGGACAAACUCUGGAUAAUCGCUCCAAGGAUGAUAAAAAUAUCAAUCAUUUGAAUAAAGAAUCUAAGCUCACACAAUCUUCUCAAGAUGAAAUUGAAUUGCCAUAUCCAUGGAAAAAAUGUCUUUCUAGUAAGAAAAAAAUCUAUUAUUUCAAUACAAUUACACGAGAAAGCCGCUGGACAUUUCCAAAUGUAAUUGAUAAAAAUGAGACAAAUCGCAACAAACCAGCCAUUGAUAACAAUAGUCGUGCUGGUCCAAGUGCAUCUCGAAAUAUUCGAAAAUCCGAGCGUGAAGAUGAAAGUGAAACGCCUCCACAUAAAAAGAUUCGUCUGGAUGAUCAUGAUUCUAAAGAAAGUCCAAAUAUAGAUAAUAGGCAAAUGACGACUCGUGAUACUGAUCAACAUAUUAGAGAAAGUAUAUCACCCACUACUCCCACAAGCAAUUUGUUAUCAAAAAGAGAAACCAAAGAACAAAGACCUAUUAAUGAUUGGCAAUCUGAAACUCCACCUAGACGAUCACGCGGCAAUACUGAAAGUUCUACUGGAACACAUACACCUUCAUCCCCUAUUUCGCAUAAAUCUCAGACAACUCCCACUCAAUUCUCUACACAUAACAGAUCUAGCUCCUCAGGAUUUAAUGAUCGUCGGUUCAGCAGUGAUUAUGAUGUAUCAAUAGGAAUUAGGAGACUUUCUUAUGGUUCAUCUCUUGGACCACCAGUUUCUUUGCGUCUAAAUCCGUCAUUUAACCGUGGAGGUGGCUCAACCGAAAUAUAUGAUAGGAAUAAUGAUUAUCGCAAUGAAGAUUAUUCACCAUCGAAUCGCAAUAACAAUGCGUUAAUUAAUUCAUCUCCUGCACAGUCUCAACAAUCUCCUAAUAACAAUCGGAAUUCACGACAAGGUGCAGGUAAUGGAAGUCGUGGUUUUAUUUCUCCCCCACAACAUUUUCGCUCAAGAUCAACUCAUGAAAUUGAUUCACGAGUUCGCCAUCUCAAAGAUGAAGAUAUGAUUUCUAUAGCAGAAAUUGAUGAAUCCAUCACAUAUACACCCUCUAGAAAAUCUAGUGAAGUUGCCUUUACAUUUCAUAAUGAUAUUACUGACUCAUCAAAGGGAAAGGCAGAUGUAAGCAACGAUGAAAAAAUAAACAAUGACAAUAUUAUGCAAGAAAGUCGACUGCAAAUUAAUAUGCAAGAUGGUUUGAUUGAUUCUGACGAUGACAAUUGGCCAGUUUAUAAUGAAGUUAAUCAACAAUUCGAAGAACAAAAUCCUGCGAAUUUUUUGUUACGAGGGUAUAAUCACAAGACUCUGGAAUCAAACAAAAAAGACCGAUCCGUUAAUAUUGUCGCAGAAUUGUGGGAUAACAUUAGUCAAGAAACUGCUGGUGCAAUUUUCAAUAGCUUGGAAACAAUAGCCAUGAAAACGCAGUCCAAGGAAAAUGAGGAGAAAAAGUCACAUUUGAACGGGCGCUAUGACUAUGAAAGGCACCGAGCUUUGGAAGGCGGGGAAACUUAUUUCCGUCAUAAGCAACAAUGGGCCACUCCACGUCAGAUUCCAGUUGUACACAACGACCUUUAUGAUAAGGUGACUCCUGAGGUAUCUGAGAACCUCUUAAAAAGUUGUGUCUACAUUUUCAAACAUGGAAAUAAUGAAGUUGAAAAUGAGUUUGCAGGAGGAGGGUUGAAUUUAACUGAAGAUCGACGGGAGUUGGUGGUGCAACUUAGUGAAGAGGAGGAUGAAGAUGAAACUCAAACAUGA